AGAAUAAGAACGAUAAUAACUCACAAAAUUUGGAUGCGAGUAUUAUAAUCUACGACAAAAAGAGUGACGGUUGUACACACGACGACAGAUAUCUAAAAAGUUCUUCGCAAGUUUAGGAAUAAAUACUGAUCUUACGGCAAAUCACACACGGAUAUAAAAAAAAGGCUAACACGGAAGGCACCGAAAAAAGUCGCGGUAUAACAGUGUAACGAAGCCCAGAAGUUGAUAGAGGAAACAAGUAACAAACUUUUAAAGGGAAAUUACUGAGGCCGCGCGGUUUUGUUGUGCAUAAUCUACUGCUUUCAAUAUUAGCACAAUAACAGACGCUGGGUGCGGGCGAAUCUGCGCCCCGCCAAAGGAUCCACCAACCGGCACACUGUCUUUCGCAAGUUUCAAAAGUAGUUUCACAAGUAAUGUUAAUUUCUUGAAGCGACGAUUCAGCUCGGGAGAUCUUUCUUCCGAGUGUGAGGAUGUCGAUCCUAAAGACUUACCGCCAGCAGCACCACUUCAGAAUCAGCCAAUGCCUGGUGGACCACCAAAUAUUCCACCGCCGCCGGCACCAGCACCCGCAGUAUCACCAGGCACAGUCCCUGGUUCAGCUCCACCUACUGGAGGCCCCGAGCUAUCUCUGAGCUUCGGAAAGGGGCCGCAAAGAGGAACAAGUGCUCCAUCUAGUCCUGCGAAAUCACGAGAAAGUUUGCUGCAGCGAGUCCAAAGUUUAACUGGAGCUGCUCGUGAUCAGGGCGCUUCUAUUAUAGGCGCUGCAGUAUCCAGUGCAACCCGUGUCCAACCUUUCAAUAAAGACAAGUGCUUCACACUGCUGGUUCUAGAUGAUCAAAACACGGAUUGGUCAAAAUAUUUCCGUGGUAAACGACUUCACGGUGACUUCGAUAUACGGGUGGAGCAAGCAGAGUUUAGAGAAAUCUCGCUUACAGCAAACGCAGAUGCUGGUCCAUUAAUCUCAUUCAUACGAGGAAGUUCAAAACAACCAAAGUCUUUCCGACCCGACUUCAUUCUUGUUCGUCAAGCACCACGGGACGGAACCAAAGAUUAUCGGUCCACUCUUUUGGGCUUAAAGUAUGGCGGAGUGCCUAGCAUCAAUUCAUUGCAUUCACUGUAUCAGUUCCAGGAAAAACCGUGGGUUUUUGCUCACUUGUUACAGCUUCAACGACGCUUAGGCAGGGACGGUUUUCCGCUUGUAGAACAGACAUUUUUUCCGAAUCCACAAGACAUGUUAACUUGGCAAAAAUUUCCGUGCGUUUUGAAAGCAGGCCAUUGUCAUGGAGGCGUAGCUACGGCUAAACUAGACAACCCUAGUGCAUUGCAGGACGCUGCUGGUCUAUUGCGAGGCGCCGGAGUCACUGACGCUUCUUAUUGCAGUCUAGAACCAUACAUUGAUGCUAAGUUUGACGUUCAUAUUCAGAAAAUCGGUGUCAAUUACAAAGCUUUCAUGAGAAAAUCUAUUUCUGGAAACUGGAAAACAAAUCAAGGAUCAGCUAUGCUCGAACAGAUUCCGAUGACUGAAAAAUAUAAAACAUGGAUCGAUGAGGUCUCUGAAUUAUUUGGAGGUAUGGAAGUUUGUGGUGUUGCUAUAAUCGUAUCUAAAGAAGGUAAAGAAUUCAUAAUUAGUGCAUCCGAUUCCACAUUCCCUUUGAUGGGUGACACUCAAGAAGAAGAUCGUCGACAAAUUGCGGAUCUGGUUGUAGGGCGCAUGCAGAAUGUAUGCCGGCCAUCAAUCAUGACCAAAGCUUCGUCACGUACAUCAAUUUCAUCGCGUGGCGGAAGUCCUAGUGAAGAAACCCCUCCGGUGCCCAUCGGUACACGCCCAGUUCCAGUUGGUGGAGGUCCACCUCCAAUUCCUGAGCGUACUACUCCUGGAGUUGGAUCGAUUGGUCGUCAUGGAAGUUUCAGUAGUCAAUCUGGAGAUCAAUUAGAGCAACCAAUAGAGAAAGCUCCGGUGCUGAAUAAUGUCGGGCGUCGGGAUUCUCAAGCAUCACAAUCCAGUUCUGUGUCCGGUAUAUCAUCAGCUUCCGCAGCACGGUCAAACAAAAUACCAGGCGGUCAAGCAUCCGUGGUUGAUGAAGCAGAAGACACAAUGAAAAACCUUCGUAAAACUUUUGCUGGAAUAUUUGGUGAUAUGUAGGAUUUAGCUAAAAAGAAGAAACCACAGCGUGGAGGUGAAAGCACAGCUAGUAGUGCUGCCAACAGUAUGCUGAGCACUCGCGAAAAUUCGAUUGAUAGUGUUAUUGUUCGUCCCGUUAGCACGAGCUUGGUAGACAAGGAUCAAUUUAUGUGCAACGGUAACGCAAACCAGACGCAUAGUGCAGCACCAACAAGCAACGCUGAUAAUAACACUCAAAACAGCAGAAUAGAUGGUGUUUCUUCUUUUGGUAAUAGGUCUGAAUCGAACAAUUACCCCUCCAUGCUUGAAACGUGUGUUGCAGAGACUUCCAGUACACAAGAAACUAAAAAAGUAGCCUACGAUCCAGCUAUAAACGAACGUAUAAAUCCAUUUAAUAAAGAUAAAACAGUAGCCAAUCGUGCGGCGGCUGUUGGAUCUAUUAUGUCAUCUUCUAUUUCUACCACUACUACUACUGUUACUACUACUAUUACUAGUGGCAAUAUAGGUGGCCGCGAAAACUACGCGAAUUCAACAGCGUUAUCCUUGGCAUUCAAUAAACCACCAGCAGAAUCGAUUUCGUCUACUUAUACCACUUCUACUAACAUAACCAUUAGCGAUAAGAGAGGUGAUAACGUGAAAGACCGUUACAGCACGCAGCAAGGUAUCAGGGAUCAAUCGCAAACUGCUCGUUUUGAAAUGCAGUCCAGUGCUGCCAUAAACAGUGGAACGACCACGUCAUCACAACUACGUGAGAUAAAGAAACAAGAGUUUGGUCGCACAAAACGCUCCUCAUCCGAUGCCGAAUUAAUCUUUGGCGAAAAAGGACCUGAUUUUUACAAGCCACGCUUCAGUACAACUGGUAUUGGGCGGGAUUUCAAGAAUAGCAAUGACUCAUUAGGAGAUGCAGAUAUUAUUUUCGGCACAAGCGCGGUUAGUGGACCUCCGUCAGUCACCUCAACCGCAGGGGAGAAUACAAUAGGUGGAAAAUUUAAUCCAUUAUUAUCUCAAGAGAGCCGGGACAGUUUCAAUAGUAGCAUUUCCGAUUCCGAAUACAUUUAUGGUAAAAAGGAAGACCGUAGUGUAUUUUCUAAAAGCCUGUCGGUUUCAUCGGAACAAGCAGAUAUAACUGCUGCAGAGAAAUUUCGAACUGCUCCAAAAGCCUAUGACCCACCAAAAAGCGCUUCGUUGGUGUCUAGUUCCGGUAGUGGGAAAUGGAACUAUAAAUAUGCUGACGAUGAUAACUAUGAUCUCAAAUAGAAAGUAUUAUACCCGCAGGUUGGUUACUGUUAAUGUGUAAUCAAAACAAGAAACCCACACUGAAAAAUAUCGUUUUAAAAAACGUAUACUCUAUUUGCAUGCUAAAAUAAAGCCAAACACUAUGUAGCAUAAUUACAAGCACAAGUUGAUCGUAUCCAAAAUAUGGAGGAGAAACCAUGCCUAGUACAUUCCUUAGGAUAUUUAAGUGAAGAAAAGAAUAAACGUAAUGCAGCUUACGCAUGAAAAAUCUUGUCGCAUUUACAUAUAUACUAUGCCAUAAAUAAUAUAAAUUAAAAUUAAGUACAGUUCUCGAUUAGCCUCUUAUAUAUCCUGGUUUCAUUGUUACCUGCAAACCUGAAAAUUGCUGUAAGACACAAACAAAACCCCUUUGCAAACCAACUUUAUUGAAUCAAAUGUUAGUUAUUGUUUAACUAAACUUAUACCAUACUCAUACUCUGUGCAUGUGGCAUACUCAUAGUGAUAGUUUACAUAGCAUACACUAUAUGACAUAUUUCAUUUGUUCAUAAGAGUUCACCUAAUCGUUGAUUAUUUUAAUCUACUGUACUAAAAACAUUAAUUUCUGUUAUACUUACAUAAUCGAUAGUCCACAAAUAAUUGAAUAAUAAAACUCAAUAUGAAUUCAUAUCACACUACAGUUAUUAAAUGAUUUGCUAUAAAUACAAUUGCGUGUGCAGUAUAUACCAAUACUAAGUUAUGAAAUGCGAUUUUUUUUUUGCUUUAUUAAUUUAUAGUGCACAAACUCAUGAACCGAGUUGUAUAAACUUCAUGUUGUGCAUGUAAUGAUGUUCACAAAAAAAAAACCUAGCGGUACGCACGAAUUAAUUUAGUUAACAUAUUGAUGGUUGAAAAAAUAAUUGACGUCAUACAUUAAAUAAUUACUUAUAUCAAAUAACGAAAGUUAGGUAAAGAUUCACAAAAACACAGCUAUAAACAUAGAUCAACAACAUACUCUUAAUAUCCAGUAAAUGUUGUUAGGCUAUUUAACGAGUUUAACGAGUAUGAUUUGAAAUUGAUAAACAAUAUAAGUCGCUUCUAUUGUUAUAAUUACAAAUGAUCUAUCGAGAUUCUAACCAAUUACUGUAGGAAACCUCUGCUGAGUUGACUAUCUUUAAAAUAUCGUUGAAAAAUUAACCUUAUCUCAAUUAAAAAUAUCAUAUGAAGACAAUAUUAUUAAAAUAGUUAAUAUUUACAUAACAUAUAUUCGAAUUCCCGGCAAAACAAAAUGUUAAUGAAGGUUACUGUAACUGCAUAUUUACUGAAAUAUUCCUCAACAGCGUACUUGUUAUGGGCAAAAUAAACUACAUAAGAGCAGCUUUACUCUAUUCAUAGGAAGUCACAAACGUUUGAAGUUUAUCAAUACCGAAUGUCAUAAAUGGUAUCAUUGUGAAAGUAUACAUCUCUUCUACGGUUCGGUAGAUCAUAUACUAAUUAAAGAUCGCAAAUAUACCAUCAGACAAAGGCUAAUGAUAUUGAUUAUUUUGGUAUAAGAUUGACCACCGAAAUCAUGCACAAAACUUGGCUUCUGUUUCACUGAAAACCAUGAUUAACACAACGAAAAGAUGUAAACAAACGUACAGGUAUUUUACUGUCUGUUUAUUCGGACUUUGUUGAAGCAAUCAAUACGCAUAUAUGUGCACUCCAAAAGUCCACUAACUUCAUACUUGAAGCAUAGAUAACUAAAACAGGUUACAGCUGAAAAAGUAUUGUUAUUUAUAGUUAAACAAAAAUACUUAUGCAACAAAACAAAUCGUAAAAAACGUUUUCACAUCAUUAUUAAUGUGCAUAAUCCAGCUGUAUUCGUAAUCAAGGGAUAUUACAAUACAAAUUAAAUAUAAAGCAAAUCAAUCAACUACCAGCUCAUGUUACGUGAACUAACAUUAAAUAUACUGGAACAGUUUAUGUAUUAUCAUAUAAAGUGAUCAAUAAUAAAAGGAGUUGAAAAUCGA